AAAUAAAUAAUAAUGAUCAUCAUCAUAGCAUAGUUACAGUUUGUUUAAUCGAUAGUUUUAUGUUUGUUUUUUGAUAAAUCAUAACCACAAGCAACUUGAAUUAAUAUAAAUUUAAUUUGAUGGAAAUUAUUAAUUAUUAUUUGUAAAAAUGGUGAGAAUUAGUGUUGAAUUAAUUCGUAAAAAAUCAGAACACAAUGAAGGAGAGAUAUCAACACUUGAAGAAAUAUCAUUGCAUCAAGAAAAUAUCGAAAAAAUAGAGCUAAUUGAUAAAUUAUGUAGAAAGUUAAAAAUAUUAUUACUACAAUAUAAUUUAAUAUCAAAAAUUGAAAAUUUAAAUAAAUUAAAAUAUUUAGAAUAUUUAAAUUUAGCAUUAAAUAAUAUUGUUAUUAUUGAAAAUCUUGAAGGUCUUGAGUGUUUAAAAAAGCUAGAUUUAACAAUGAAUUUUAUUGGUGAUUUGAAAUCAGUUAAAACAUUAAAAUUAAAUUAUAAACUUGAACAGCUAUAUUUAACUGGUAAUCCAUGUACGGAUUAUGAUAAUUAUCGUAAUUAUGUUAUAACAGUAUUACCACAAAUUAAACAGCUAGAUAUGAUUGAUAUAAAAAAAUCAGAUAGAAUAAUUGCAUCACAAAAAUUUCACAUUGCUGAGGGUGAUGUUGUUAGAGGCUACUGGGAUUAUAUGAAAUUGCGAAAAAAACAAAUUGAACGUUAUGAAAAUAGUGAUGUUAAAAUAACUGAAAUAACUGACCAAGAUGAUGAUGAUGAAGAGGAUGAAGAUAAAGUUAAAUCAUUUUGGAAUGAACCAAGUUACAAUACACCUGAAGAUAGAAUUAAAAUUGCUAAAAAGCUUGAACAAAUUGAAAAUAAAAAAAAUCAUAAAAAAGAUAAUAGUAAUACAAAAGAUAUUAAAAAUACAAUAAAAUUAUUUACACAAGAUGGUAGACCAUAUAAUAUCAAUCAGCCAAAAGUACCAUUUAAAUUAAACGAUGAAGAUGACAGAGAUAAUAUUUUUCUUGAAAUUUCACUCUACAAACACAUGGAUACAUCACAUGUGGACAUUGACAUACAGCCAAAAUAUAUACGUGUAACGAUAAAAGGUAAAAUAUUACAGUUAACAUUACCAUGUGAAAUUGAAACAGAGAAAAGUGUCGCCAAGCGAAACACAGUUACAGGAAAUUUGUUGAUAACUAUGCCACGCUUGAAUCCACUUGAUAUUAUUAUGAAAAAAUCAAUUGAUUAUAAUGAUAAAAAAUCAUCCAGCUCUAAAAAUCAUUCGAGCGAUAUUAAAAAAAUUCAAUCUGGCAAAAUUAUAACAAAAAGAGAGCUACUAGAAAUUGGACCACCAAUUGAUGAUUUAGAUUUUUCAAAUAUAUACAAAAAAAAUCAAAAUAAUAUUAUUAACAAAAGCUCAGCCUUCAUUGAUAAUCCUGAUGUACCACCUCUUGAAUAAUACAUUAAUUUAAUCAAAC